ACACAAAAAGUGAGUGACCAUGAAGAUUGUUCACAGGGACUUCGUUCGCGGCGGACCCGGCAAAGUUAAGAUGGUGCCGCUCGAUUCCGAUGAUCUGUGGUAUGUUUUCAACUUGAUAGCUGUUGGCGAUAGUGUUAUUUCUGUCACUGUCAGGAAAGUUUUAAGAGAAGCGGCUAGCGGUGGGAGAGAUGCAGAGCGUGUGAAGCUCAAGUUGGAAAUAAAAGUUGACAAGGUUCCUGAGUAUGAUCAAGAAGGCGGUGUCGUGCGUGUAAGCGGAAAGAAUAUCCUUGAAAAUGAACAUGUGAAGAUAGGAGCACAUCAUACUCUGGAACUUGAGCUUCACCGGCCUUUUAUUUUAAAAAAGGAUGUGUGGGACUCAGUGGCCUUGCUUGAACUCAAUCAAGCCUGUGAUCCUGCGGCAAGUGCUGACCUAGCUGUUGUAAUAAUGCAAGAAGGAUUAGCACAUAUUCUCCUUGUUGGUAGAAGUAUGACAAUAACUCGGUCACGGAUAGAAACUUCAAUUCCACGCAAGCAUGGACCUUCAGUUGCAGGUUAUGAGAAAGCUUUGAGCAAGUUCUUUGAAAAUGUGUUACAGGCUUUCUUGAAGUAUGUUGAUUUCAGUGUUGUUCGCUGCGCUGUGAUUGCAAGUCCAGGUUUCACAAAGGAUCAGUUUCAUCGUCACUUAUUGUUGGAAGCAGAGAGAAAACAGCUGAGGCCUAUCAUUGAGAACAAGUCACGGAUAGUUCUUGUGCAUACAACCUCGGGUUACAAGCAUAGUUUGAAAGAGGUCCUGGAUGCUCCAAAUGUUAUGAAUCUGAUAAAAGAUACUAAAGCAGCACAAGAGGUCCGGGCUCUCCAAGAUUUCUUCAGUAUGCUUUCAAAUGAGCCACAUCGUGCAUGCUAUGGACCAAAACAUGUUGAGGUUGCUCAUGAACAAAUGGCUGUGCAAACCCUUUUGAUAACAGAUGAGCUGUUCAGGAAUGCUGAUGUAGUAACGAGGCAAAAGUAUGUCAAUUUGGUGAACUCAGUGAAGGAUUCGAAGGGAAAUGUUCACAUAUUUUCUUCUAUGCACGUUUCAGGAGAACAACUGGCACAAAUAACUGGCAUUGCUGCAAUUCUUCGUUUCCCUCUACCAGACCUGGAUGAUAUAGAGAUGUGAUAGAGCAUCUGGCGCUGUUGGUAAACACAAAUGAAUUUUAGGUUAUAGGCUUAUAGUUGGCCGCCAAUGUUGUGUUACUUGUUUACUAUCUGCUUUGGCCAAUAUGCUUUGUACACACAACAGCAAUGAAAUUCGUGACACACCAUAUGUAACCCAAUGUGUUUGUUUGUUUUGAUAUAGUUACAAGAUUGUUGAUAGAAAACCUUUACCUGUACUCAAGUAUAUGGAAAGAGUUGAAG